AUAAAUAAUCGUAUUAAAAGCCCUAAAAGGUAUGUUACAUCAUCGACGAAACCAAGUGCCCUUCAUACUUCAUAGUUGAAACUAACUCAAAGAGAAGAAGACGUUGCUGAGAAUCUCAACGAAUGGCCAAAGAUAGCUGUCUUGCUAGAGUUGGUGCUGGCGUUGCCGUUGGCGGUGCAGUCGGAGGUGCCGUUGGUGCUGUUUAUGGGACUUUUGAAGCUGUCCGAAGCAAGGUUCCAGGGCUAUUAAAGAUCAGGUUCAUCGGCCAAACUACUGUCGGCAGUGCUGCAGUAUUCGGUCUCUUUCUUGGUUGCGGAAGCUUAAUACAUUGUGGAAAAUCAUAUUGAUGUUCAUUGUCCAGUUUUCUUUUUGUUUGGUCAUGGGUUGUUCCUGGAAUUUUCAGGGACAGCCUCUCAACCGAUAUGCUGUUUGCAAAAUUUGAUUUUUGCUUUGUUUUGACCCUCUGUACCCUGGGAUGUUUGCUGAUCAAGCAAAAAGAGGGACGCAAAAGUGCAAAGGAAUAAUGCUAAAUUAAUACUGAUGUUCUCUGUGUAGUCUUUUUUUUUUUUUUUUAAAUAUAUUAUUGGUAAGGAUUUUUCCUGCAACUUUUGAGGAAGCUUCAGAACUGAUCUGUUUGAAUAUGAAUUUUGGUUUACUUUAACCCGUUGUAUUCUGGAAUGUUUGAUGAUCAAGAUAAAAGAGAAACACAAAUUACACAA